GGGAAAAGACUGAAUUGAUUGAAACGAUAACCGAUUCGUUAAGAGAAAAACAAGCAGAAGUCGAAAGACUGAAUAAAUCUAUGAAAGAGUUGGAAAAGAGUUGUAAAGAGUUUGAGGAAUCGAGGACUUCAGUGAUGGACGACUGCAAUGAAUUGAGAACUACUCUAAUGGAAGUGGAAAAGUCUCGACUCGACAUCAGACGAGAACUUAAUGACUAUAAAAUCAAUAGCUCUUCACUCGAGAAUAAACUCAAAUCUAAAGACAAUGAAUUACAAGACGUGAAGAGACGAUUGGAAGCGAUUAAGAAUGAAAGGAAUUCACUAAAGGAUUCACUCGAUUCGUCGAGUAAAUCGUUGACACAAUUAAAAGACAUGAAUACGAAUCUCACGCAACGGAAUAAGCAAUUAAUGGCACAAAUGUCGUUCAGUGAGAACGAGCGCCGGGAGUUUGAAAAACAAUUGAGUUUCUCAUCGACGGCUAUCACUGAUCGGGAGAACAACGUAUCGUUACUUAAAAAAGAUAACGAAUCGCUCAAAGAAUUGGUGAAAAAGUUAGAGAACGAAAAGAAGAGACUUGAGAGGAGUUACUCUCUCAUUGAAAAAGAGAAAUACGUUCUCAAGAAUAGUUUAGACGACUUCCAGAGGAAGAGCAGCAAAGUGUUCGACAACUCACACAACAAUCACUCCAAUGAUGUGAUUAUAGAUGAGGCGAAGAUUAUUACUCAAGGAUUGGCUGCACUCGAACUCAAGAACAUUGAAUUGCAGAGAAAAGUACAGGGAUUGCAGUCAUUGAUGAAUGAAACAGAAGGUCUCAAUGGGACUGAUUCUGAUCAUCCCGUUAAUGGCAGCGCUUCCGAUGAUUUGCAACGAUUACGGUUGGCUCAGAAACACGCUGAAGAACUCAUCGAUAGGAAGGACUUCUCGAGUAAACAUCUCUCCAAUUAUGAGAAAGAGUUGAGUCGAUUUUCAUUGAGUCCGAGUUUGACGACAACUCCGCCGCGAUUUAAAGAGCCGCCAAUCCGUUCGCAUUCUGUCUCAAGAACAGGUCACCUAAAGCACCAAAACACAGACACUUCCACUCCUUUGCCGUCAUAUUCAUCCACUUCUGGUUCAAAUAACGCGAAACGAAAAUUGAAUUAUAAUAAGAAUUAAGAAAUGUUUGAAAUGGACUCACAUUUGGAUCUAGUCUUUCGUUGUUUAGUAUUUCUAUCAAAGUGUUCAGUAUUUUUUGUAAAUCUCUUACUAAUUAACUCAUUAUUCCUGAGCCGUCAGUAUUUAGUUUCUAUAAAAUUCUUUAGGUUUUACUCAAAACAAAACAAAUAUUACUUAAUUUAACUCAAC